AGACAGAGAGAGACAGAGAGAGACAGAGCGCAGUAACCUAGCUCACCGGAGGACCGCUUUAUAUACCGGAGCUAAAUUUACCAUCAUCCUGAACGCAUUUCCUCGCUGGCGCACAAUUGGUCCAGCUUCUCGGCUACCAUAUUUAUAAGUUUGGACGACCUUCUACUGCUUGCUGGCGUUUUUGAAGCGCACCUUUCGAACAGUUCGAUAGAAAGCACUUAUUCUGGUGCAAGGUGAGCUCAAAAGGGCACUCAUUCACUGAAUCAACUUUGACAAGAAAUAAAUAAGCAUUUACUGUAUCUUUAAAAUGGCUUUAUCCGAUGUGAUUUUGCCACCCAUCUCGACAUUCGCAAACCAAACCAAAAGUUUAGAAGACAGGUGGAAAAGUGACAUGGACAAACCGAUGUCUUCCAGCUGCUCAAUGCAUGAUAUGGUACAGAACAUGGACUGUCGGAGCAUCGAAAGGAAGGACGACGAAGAUCUGAGCAACUACUUAGAUCUGGAUUUCAUUCUGGCCAACACCACUGGAUCAGACAGCAUGGCUACCGCUGCACUGGGAGCAGGUGUAGCCUUGUAUAACAUGCCCUCAGCGGAUCAUCCAGGCAACCUGUUCACCACCGGGAGCCCGAUGCCAUCCUACCCGUCCAGCGAGCAUAACACCCCGCCUCCCCCCUACAGCACCAGCCUGAUGGCGGAGCUUCUCAGGUCGGAGGGAGAGAACAACUACGGGGUCGGUUUUACGCGUAAUACCUCCAGCAUCCAAGGAAGGUUUUAUGUAAACUCUGCACUGUUUCCCAUCAGACAGGACAUUAUUGAUAACAUCAAAGUGGAGCCGUCCAUGGACGGUUAUGGACCCGUUAUGGGCAUGGUCCCCCAGAGCUGUCCUAAAAUAAAGCAAGAGGGCAACGUGUCGUGCAUGAUGUCCUUUGAGCAGCCGAGAGUAGCCGUCUCUCCGCGGGCAGCCAGCAACAUGACGCCGCCGCACAGCCCCAACGACCAGGGGAGCUCCGAGUGCCACCAGCAGGCACCGAUGUGUCACUCCAUGAGCUUCCCACAGAACUACCACUCCUCGGCUGCGUACACACACCACCACUCCGGGGCGCCUCCAGCCGCCCAGAUGCAGCUUGGACCAUACCAAGGCGCUCACCAGUUCGGCAUGUACGAGGAGGGACUGCAGCCGAACACACAGAGGGUACUGCUGACGCCCCCGUCCUCUCCGCUGGAACUGCUGGAGACCAAGCCCAAGAGAGGUCGCCGCACCUGGCCGCGGAAGCGCACGGCUAUGCACACCUGCACAUUCGCUGGGUGCGGAAAGACUUACACCAAGAGUUCACAUCUGAAGGCGCAUCACAGAACGCACACCGGUGAAAAGCCAUACCAUUGCAGUUGGGAAGGUUGCGGCUGGAAAUUCGCUCGCUCCGACGAACUGACCCGGCAUUUCCGCAAACACACCGGCCACCGGCCCUUCCAGUGCCACCUGUGCGAGCGCGCCUUCUCCCGCUCCGACCACCUCGCGCUUCACAUGAAGAGACACAUGUGAAUGUGAUGUACACGACUUGGACUGAUGGUGGGUUAUUAUUAAGGGGUGACCGUCAGCCCUAUUUUGUUUAACUGUCUUUUGUUUUUAAUUUAAAAUGUUUUACAUGCCAAAGAAAAAAAAGAAAAAAAAAAGUAUAUUAUUUUCUAGUAAUGUAGCUGGUACUACCUUGGUUGUUGUAAUAUUAAACCUGUAGAAACGCUUGGUAGGGUGUUUGGUUGUAUGUGGGGCUGGCCCUGUACUUUUUAUCUUUCCUUGGAAAAACUGGAGUGCUGUGUUUGACAUAAAAGUGCCUUUUCUAUUGUUCUGUCUGUGAGCUACUGUAAAAACUGUCCACAGCAGAACUACAAGGCCACCCAAAUAAGACAAGUUUACUUAGUCUGCUAUGAGUGAAAUACAAUGUUUUGUUAUUGAAACUGCCUCAAUUAUUUGAAUGGCCCAAAUACUGUUGCUUACCUUACCCUCAACUGUUUUGUUUUCAUGGAAAUCUUUUGGAUGAAAUUGUAUGUGUUGGGUGCAAAAAGACGGGUCCAGACUCAUUGUACACUACCAGGGCUAGAUGUCUUGUGUAUCCUUAUUUUUGACUGAAGUCUAUAUUAAUUUUAUACUGUAAAUGGUGUAUUUAUUGUAAAUAUUAAAAUACAUUGAAAUAUA